AUGAAGGGAUUCCCGACCGACGAGGGGCUUCAGGCACCGCGUGUCGAUUUGGUUUCAAUCUAUCUGGAUCAGACCGAUCCACGGGACAUCGGACGCGGGCUUGCCGAAUCGCACAACAUCCCGAUCUAUCAGAGCAUUCGUCAGGCACUGACACUUGGUGGGAAAGAACUCGCUGUUGAUGGUGCCCUCCUGAUCGGCGAGCACGGCGAUUAUCCGUACAAUGAACUUGAGCAGCACAUGUACCCACGCCGUUAUCUGUUCGAGCAGAUCUGCGGUGUCUUCGCAUCGAGUGGGCAUUCAGUCCCCGUCUUCUGCGACAAGCAUCUCUCGUAUAACUGGACGGAUGCCAAAUGGAUGUAUGACCGCGCCAAGGCGCUCAAUGUCCCCUUUAUGGCGGGUCAUCCCUACCGACUUGCUGGCGAAUCCGUUUCUUGA